AUGGCUGCAAAAAUGUUUAUGUUAUUUUCAAUAACGACGAGUACAAUACUUACGGGAAUGGCUGUAUUAGCUGUGUUAAGACUAAUUAGUGAUAUCAAUGAUUUGUAUAGCGGAGUUAUGGAUGAGUUAACUGAUUUUAAGGGAAUCGCAGAUGGUACGUGGAAUAGAAUUUUAUUCAUUCGAUCAAAUGCGUUUGAUAGAAAAAAAGAAUAUUCUGAUACUUUUGCAAGUUUCAUUGCGCGAGUUAAGCGACAAUUUCCACCACACUGUCAGUGCAGUGCACCACCUGACCAAUGUCCUCGAGGUCCUCCUGGUCCUCAAGGUGAGCCAGGCUUGAAAGGUCUUGAUGGACCUGAUGGAGAAGAUGGUAUUCGAGGUGUGCCUGGUGUGGCACUGUUGGCAACAUUCAAUAUUCCUGGUGGAUGUAUUGAGUGCCCUCCAGGACCACCAGGACCACCUGGUCCACCUGGUGUAGCGGGUAUCAUCGGUGUACCUGGAGAUUGCGCUAGAAGAGGAAAAGCAGGUAAACCUGGUCUACCUGGACCCAAAGGACCUGUAGGUCAGCCAGGAAAUAAGGGGCCAGAUGGUAAACGUGGUGAAGCAGGCCGACCCGGUAGAAAUGGUAAGAAAGGUGUUGGAGCGCCUGGACCACCAGGUCCAAUUGGACCAAGAGGAAAAGUUGGAGAACCAGGACUAAAUGGAGCAAAAGGAGACAUUGGUGCAACGGGAGAAGCUGGACUACCAGGUGCACCUGGAAAAGAUGGAAAGCGAGGAAAAGAUGGCAAGACUGGUCUAAUUGGCAGCCCGGGUGUGCCCGGACCAGAUGCCCAUUACUGCCCCUGUCCACUACGUACAAUUCCAGUGAAUAAUUUAUGA